ACCUCCUACCCAUCACCCUAGUGACUGUCUGCAGCGGGGUGGCUGUGUCUUUCAGACGGUCACCAUGGCUGAGUGAGCCUGCUCAGGGCCCUUCCCUUGGCCCCCAAGUCCCUGGCCCAGCAUGGUCCAGGCCUGUGGGGAGUGCUCCAGAGCUCAGCCGACGGCUCUGCCACAGGGGGCCACCAUGGCCCAGCCCCCUGCCCCCAGCUCUACAGUCAAGAAACACAUCAGACUGCAGGAGAGGAGAGGCUCCAGUGUGGCUCUGAUCUUGGAUGUGAGCUCUCUGGGGGCAGUGGAGCCCAUCUGCUCAGUGUCUACGCCCCGAGAGCUCACUCUCCACUUCUUAAAGACCACUAGGCACCCCCUCACCCGCUGGGCCCUGCAGCACCAGCCACCCAGCCCUAAGCAACUGGAGGAAGAGUUCUCGAAGAUUCCCCCCAACUUUGUCAACCCUGAAGAACUGGACAUUCCAGGCCAUGCCUCUAAGGACCGAUACAAGACCAUCCUGCCAAAUCCCCAAAGCCGUGUCUGUCUUGGGAGGGCACAGAGCCAAGAGGAUGGGGACUACAUCAAUGCCAACUAUAUCCGAGGCUAUGAUGGUCGUGAGAAAGUUUACAUUGCAACCCAGGGCCCCAUGCCUAAUACUGUGUCUGACUUCUGGGAAAUGGUGUGGCAAGAAGAAGUAUCUCUCAUUAUCAUGCUCACCCAACUUCGAGAGGGCAAAGAGAAAUGUGUUCACUAUUGGCCUACAGAGGAGGAAACCUAUGGGCCGUUCCAGAUACGGGUCCAGGAAGUGAAUGAACGCCCAGAAUAUAUUGUCCGGCACCUUACUAUUCAGUACCAGGAGGAGUGUCGCUCAAUAAAGCACAUCCUCUUCUCUGCCUGGCCUGAUCACCAGACCCCGGAGUCAGCUGGGCCCCUCUUACGCCUGGUGGCUGAGGUGGAGGAGAGCCCAGACACAGCAGUCAGCUCCGGGCCUAUUGUGGUUCAUUGCAGUGCUGGAAUUGGCCGAACUGGCUGCUUCAUUGCCACACGGAUUGGCUGCCAACAGCUGAAGGCUCGAGGGGAAGUAGAUAUCCUGGGCAUCGUAUGCCAGCUUCGGCUAGACAGGGGGGGUAUGAUCCAGACCAGUGAGCAAUACCAGUUCCUGCACCACACCCUGGCCUUGUAUGCUGCCCAGCUGCCUGAGGAACCAAAUCCCUGACCUUCUGGGACCUGAUUGAAAAGGUGACAUCAGCCAUGUAACCUCCAGACAGAACCCAUUCACAGAGGAGGAGCUUUCUCUUUAAAGGCCUGGAAGUUUGACCUUUAUCUCUGGGUCAGUCUUGUCCUGGGGGUCUCUGACCCUAGAACUAGCACUGCUCCCUCCAGAGCCCCCAGUUUUCAUUCUCCUUUCCUAUCCCUGGGAAGGAUCUGCUGUCCCAGAUCACUAACUCACUGACUGGCAAAUGGAGGAAUGGGAGAGUUGUGGGUGACCUAGAAGCAAAUCUUGGACCCCACUUGAAGAAUUGGUCCUCCUACAGUCAGAGAAGACUGAGUUCCAAAGGACAAACCCAGAGACAGCAGGGCUUUUAGCCUCCCUGGUUCUCUUAUCCUCAGUUUCUCAAAAUGUACAGCAAGGACUCUACGUGUAAAUUUGUGUGCCUAAUUCCCAAACCCAUAGCCCACCUGAUUUGAGAUGCUGACUGUGGCACACCUGGAGGAAAAAACCUCCUCUGGCGUGCUACUUUAGUGGCCAAGGUUCUUCUUUUAUGACAUAGAGUCAGUGCUUCCAGACCUUCUGGAUGCAGAUCCUAAGGACAAAGGGAGCAUGGGGAAAUUCUUGGCAAUGAUUUCUGCCUAGAUCCCCCUUCCUGGGCAGUGGAACAUAGAAUUCCUUGGCCAUCCCUCACCCACUCCUUUUGGGAAGUUUUGUAACAUAAGAGUCCUAUACAAAACCACCCAAGCGCAGCUCAGCACACAGAAUGGCCACUGGCCAGCCCUCAGAUGCUGGUGAUUUUAAGAUCUUUAGACCAGACCCUGUUAAAACUUCCCAAAGUCCUAGGAAUGCUUCCAUCCUCUCUCCAUCAACCCAUCUGUGUGUGAUGGAGAUUCCCUGUGAAGGCAAAAGAACCAGGUUCUCUCCCUGCAAUCCCUGUCAGGACCAGGAUGAAGAGUUUGGUCCAGGCCAUGUACCAUCCAGCCCAAAACCAUCCUGAGGGAAAGGGAGGUUGGGAGGAAAAGGGAGGAAGGAAGGUGAAAGAUAAGUUCCUCUUGAAAUGUCUAGAAUGGGACAAUGAGAUGCCUCAGGCAAGCCAAGCCUGGAAACAGGGAGGUCCUGGGUUCAAAUCUGUUCUCAGACACUUCCUAACUGGGUGACCCUGGGCAAAUCCCUUAACCUCCAUUGUCUAGCCCUUACCACUCUUCUGCCUUAGAAUCCAUACACAGUAUUGAUUCUAAGAUGGAAAGUAAAGGUUUAAAAAGAAAAAAGAAAUGGGGGCAGCUGGAUGGCUCAGUGGAUUGAGAGUCAGGCCUAGAGAUGGGAGGUCCUAGGUUCAAAUCUGGCCUCAGACACUUCCCAGCUGUGUGACCCUGGGCAAGUCACUUGACUCCCAUUACCUAGCCCUUACCACUCUUCUGCCUUGGAGCCAAUACUCAGUAUUGACUCCAAGACGGAAGAUAAGGGUUUAAAAGAAAAGAAAUGUCUAACAGAAAUAUCUUCUCCCUCUUUGAUACCAUUCAUACCUGCCUUCCACCAGGUAAAUUUCUUUAAGGUAAUCCCAUCAACAAAGGGCAGCCCCAGAAGAUCCAGACUAAUAAAACAGUAAAAUUUUUAUUAAGUGGCUCCUAUGUACCAAGCACUGAGCUAGGCACUGGGGAUACCAAUAUAAAGAAUGAAGUAAUCCCACCUCACCUGGAGCUUACUUUUAAUAAAGGCAACAAGCUUGUAUACAAACCUAUCCAGCAUAAAUAUAAAGCAAGCAAACAAAUUGAUGCAAAUUACUUAAAAAUAAAUUGAGGAAAUCAUUAAGGCUUCCAGCAGGUGAUCAAUCAGUCCAGACCCAAGGAGGAGGAAAAAAUCUUUUUUUAAAACCCUUACCUUCUAUCUUAGAAUCAAUACUCUGUAUUGGUUCCAAGGCAGAAGAGUAGUAAUGGGGGUUAAGUGACUUGUCCAAGGUCACACAGCUAGAAAUUAUCUGAGGCCAGAUUUGAACCUAGGGCCUCUCAUUGGAAAAAAUCUUUGAGGCAGCCAGGUAAUAUAGAGGAUAGAACAUGGAACUUGAAGUCAGGAAGACCUGAAUUUGAAUCCUGUUUCAGAUACUAGCUCUUUAACACUGGACAAAUAAUUUAAUCUUUUUGUGUUUCAUUUUCCUCAUCUUUAAAAUGGAGAUAAUAAUAGCACCUACCUCCCAGGAUUGUGGUGAGGAUAAAAAGAAAUAACCAUUGUAAAAUGUUUUAGAGCAGUGCCUUGCACAGAGUCAACGUAUCUAAAUAACUGGUAGUUUUUAUUAUUAGCUACUAUAAAGAUGGAAGGAGGAAAUAGAGGGCUUAGUCUAGCUUUAGGUCUUUUUCUUCUAUCCAAAGUCCUUCUGGAGGGCCAGUUUGGUUCCAGUUACACUCUAAGACUUGCUGCCAUUGUAGUGGACCUGGCAUCAGACAGAUUCUAGAACAAAUCCAACUUCCCUUGUGUCUCUGGGACUAACUCAGCACCACAUCCCUGAAGAGAGGGCACCAGAUUAGAGACCUAUAAACCUUCCCCUCCGACCUAACCUGAAGGAAAGUCUGGCUUUUGUUCCAUGCCAUCUCACGUUAAUCAGUGUGGACAUGGCAGCAUUAUCCCCUGGAUCCCCAGGGAGCUGAUCCUGAUGGAGAGUCCCCCUUAUUCAUGACCCAGUGCUCCUCAAAGAACAGUGGUAAAAGAUUUUCCUUGGCCUUCCUAAGGAAUUCCUCCCAGAAUGUGAUCUUUUGAAUGCUCUUCUGACCCCCGAUAGCUAGGUACAUCCUUUCAGAUGGAUGAAGCUGGGGGCAGGUUUCUCAAGUGCCUGAUAUCCUGAGCUCAGACCCAGCAGAGAGAAGCUCUGGGGAUUUCCAUAGCAUCUUCCCUUAUCCCCACCCCUCAAUCAAUGGCGCUUUCUGCCUUUUUCCUUCUGUCACGCUUUAUCUCUCCCCAAGGACUAGAAAUAAGAAAGCUCCAAAAAGGCAAUCAAGUGGAAAAAUAAAGCUUUCUUGAGUUACCAGGUUUCUUCCUUCUUUACUGCAUGAAAGAAAUACUUUUAUACACAAAUACGAAGUUGGCUGUUGAGGUUCACUUGUCAUUUGGGUCUAUGUCAUGGGGAUGGAUUUACACUGGUCUGGGGCUCUGUCACCAAGGGUGUGCGUUUGUGGGAUUCAGGUGUCCAGACUUAAAGGUGCAACCUGCAGACAAUUCCCAGAACUGUUGGUUUGUUGGCAACUCCAUACUGGUCAACUGAAUUUCCUAAGAAAUGGCAGAUCCCUCCCACCUGUCUUCUCAAGUCCAUUCUUUUUCCAGGAAACAAGUUGGAAUUCUGAAGGACUCAGGGUUUACUUGUAGAGAAUAAGUAGAAUUCUGGUGCCUGAGAAUUUGCAUGUCCUCCACCGAGAAAGCAAGGGGAUCAUUCUUUCCUGGGAGGAAUAGCUGCCUUUCUGGGAGGUGACUGUGAUAGAGAGGAGAGAGGGAUGAGUUGGAAAGACCUAAUUUCAAAUCUCAUAAUCACUUCACACAAUACCAGUGGGACCAUAGGUAAAUCACUCCUUCUUCAUCUGUGAAAUGGGAAUAAAAAUCCUUGCACUACUUCCUUCUCAUAAAGUUAAUUUCUGAAUUAGAAUCAAUACUAAGUAUUGAUUCCAAGGCAGAAAAGUGGUAAGGCUAGGCAAUUGGGGUUAAGAGAUUUACCCAGGGUCACACAGCUAGGAAGUCUACAUUUGAACCCAGGACCUUCCAUCUCCAGGUCUAGCUCUCUAUCACUGAGCCACCUAGCUGCCCCUCUCAGUAGGUUUUGAGGAAAGUACUUUGUACACCUUAAAGGGCCAUGUAGAUAAUCAGUCAAUAAACAUUUAAGGGCAACCUAGAGUCAGGAAGACUCAUCAUGACCUCAACUAUGCCUCAGACACUUAUUAGCUGUGUGACCCUGGGAAAAGUCAUUAAACCCUGCUUGCCUCAAACCCUCCUGCAAAAUGAGCUGGAGAAGGAAAUGGUCAACCAUUCUAGGAUCUUUGCCAGGUCUACUAUGUGCCAGACGCUGUGUUAAGUGGUAGGAACAGAAAUACAACAACAACAACGAAGACUCCUGUCCUAAAGAAGCUUAUAAUCUAAUGGAGGAAGAUAUAACACGAAAAGCUAAAAAGUGGUUAAGGAGUGAGGAAAAGAGAAGACACCUGACCCACGGAAGUGCUGGAGAAUUCAGAGGAAUCUCAGGUUAGACAUGGAGAGAAGUCUGACCAGAGCUUUCUCCUUAAAUGGAAGUUUGGAAUUCAUUCAGAGGGUAGUGAUGACAUGGAGUAGAUCAGAGUUUCGGAGAAGGGAAGAGAGGAAGUGAAAACAGUUGGGCUAUCAUCUCACUGGCUUGUCCACUCUAGUCUAAUUGAAUUCAUUGGAAGGCUCUUCGUCAACCAAGAAGCUACCGAUUUCCAGUUGGAGGCAUUUUUCUUCUGCAAUGAGCAGGAUGUUCCAGAAAGGAAGACAUCUGGUCCCUCCAUGGCUGGCCUCUCCAGCCUUUGCCCCUCUUCCAUUCCCUAUCACUACUUGCUCCCAUCUCCGGACGGGCAAGUGUGUGCUAUCCUUCCUCACCUCCUUUUGGGAAGGGAUGAUAUUCGGCACCCCAUCAGAGCAGGGAGAUGGUAUAACCAUCACCACCCUCAAUUUCCAGAGAGUCUCCUAAAAUUGAAUUUCAUUGAUUGAGAUGAUUCUGUCUUCUCAAAGUUUAGGGAUCAGGACAAUCAAGAAGAGGCUGGCUAGUAAGAAUGUGUUGAGAGGGAUAUUGAGGCUAGACAAGAUCAUUAACACCAUAAAAAUCACUUACUGAAAUCUUCAAGCAGAUAUAUUUCAAGUCUCUAGGAACAUCUAAAUUAGGAUUUAAGGGAUAUAGGCUUAAUUAAGUCUUAGGUAUGGCCCUGAGAGUCUGUGACCUUGGACAAGUCACCAUCAAUCUGGCCUCUGAUAUAAAAGUAGAGAAUUGCACUAAAUUAUUCCCUUCCAGGUCCAAAAAUCAAACUGUCCUACUCAGGAAGACAGGUAUUAUUCUUCCCUAGCUGAAGUUGUUUCCUAGGGAUUUAGGGAGAAAGGGCAAAGAUUGGAAUGGAAGGUGGACAGCUAAGGGCUCUAGGAAAAUUCUCUCAAGGCUCUAUUAUUUUGUUUCAUUUUAGUCAAAAAUAAAGAUUUUAAGGGUGAUUUGGUUUUUGUUCUAGGCACAAUGAUGGUCAAUAGGAAGAUCUUUUAAAAAUGUGCCCUAAACUGGGUGGCUCAGUGGAUUGAGAGUCAGACCUAAAGAUGGGAGGUCCUGGGUUCAAAUGUAGCUUCAGACACUUCUUAGCUGUGUGACCCUGGACAAGUCACCUAACCCCCAUUGCCUAGUCCUUACCAACUCUUCUGCCUUGGAACCAAUACACAGUACUGAUGCUAAGACAGAAAGGGGUUUUAAAAACAAAUAAAUAAAAUGUGCUGAUAAGAUUUAGGGUCAACAAAGUGCAGUUUAAAACUAAAACUUGCUACUUGACCCCAGAGGCAGGAAAUUACCUGGGGGCUUUCCUGAAGCUUGAGGCCUAGAAAAACUAUCAAAACCUGGGACUAGGGUGAUACAGACAGCCCAGAAAGAUGCAGGCUGGUCCAGCAAAUGUCUAUCUUAGCUGGGGGAGGGGUGCCCUUCCAUGAGGCUAUUUUGAGGGCAGUAACGGUUGGCAGGUCAGACCUAUUGGGUACCUCAUGAUGGAAACUGUUUAUUUCUUAACCAAACAGACAAACCUUUUCCUUCCCCUCAUACGAACCUUCUUCCCUGGAAAUCCCCAAUUAGAAAUUCUUAUCACCCAGACCUCCCCCCUCUUUUUUUUUUUAAACCACAGGGACUCUAGUAAGAAUCACAUUAACCAUAACGACUCUAUCCAGGCCAGAGUCUUUCUUACACAAGUGGGUUGCCUCUGUAGGCCACAGGAAGGAGGGGUGGGCUGGGGAAAUAAAAGACCAAAAUGAGUCUAUUUGUUGCCUCAGUGCAAUUUGUGCAGCUGGGGCUCUGCAUCUGGUGCUGGUAUCCCCUGUGGGCACUUAAUAAUUUAUUUUCAACUGGUGGCUUCAACUUAUACCCUAUAGUUAUCUUCUCAGAAAGUCCCAUUCCCAUCACCAUUUUUAGUUACCAAGAAUGCCUACUUUCCUCUCUUCUUCUUCUUCUUCUUCUUCUCUCUUU